UUCCGAAAACUGUGAAACGUGCUCGCGGACGCUUUCAGGUAUGAGUUGAUUAAACAAUUUUUAAUUGAAGCAGCAAUUUAAAUUUGAAUGCAAUCUCUCCUCUUCCCGAGAAUACGUUUGUUGUACGCACUAUGCAUUCGUGGCAGUGACGUUAAUCGUAAUUAUUAUCGAGCACGUCUUCGAUAUAAAAAUGCCGAAGCGUUUCACCUUAGAGCUCAGAGAACUUUUGGCAACGAUCGAAACGUGUACACAGUUAUAGUUCCAUUAAAAUGAAGAUUCUCGUGGUGUUAAGUUCGUUCGUAAUUUCGAUCGUAGUCAGUCAGCCAGUGAAGGAAUCCGGGAUUGACGACACAGAUAUCAUAGAAUACGGAGCACACAGGUACGCCAGAGAUUUGAAAUCCGAUCCUCCGCUCUGUCGAGUCAACCAAUACUUCGACAAGGAAAAAAACAAAUGUAUGAACGUAAUAGGCGGCGGUAAAGUGCUUCACAUAAACAGUUCAACAUCCUGCGGAGUAAACGCUUUAAAGCCUCACUGCGCCAGCCCGAAAUAUUAUUACAUCUGCACGGGGAAUAAAAUGAUUUUAGCGCAAUGCCCCGACGGGCGACACUUCGAAGACCGUUUGCAGAAAUGCGUCCUCGUUCCUCGAGACAGAUACAUUCCGAUUGCCGAUCCAUCGAAUUCAAAUGAACUUCCGGUGUGCGAGAGCCCAGGCUCGUUCCCAGUUCCGAAUGACUGCGCCUUGUUUUACACCUGCAGGAAGAAAUUCUUUGGGAUGAAUCGAAAUUUCUACAGAUGCCCAAAGAAAAUGAUGUACGAUGUGAACAACGGGAUGUGUUCGCCUUCGAGUACUUGCGACGACUCCACGUUGCCUCUUUCAUGUCCACCGAGUAUUCAAAUUUUGAACGAAGGUAGACAUUUAGUACGUCGUUCGAAACCGAUAGGAGAAGAGAAGAGAACGACGAUUAUUUGUAAAAUAGUAUAUCUGAACGAGGAAGAGGGUACGACGAGAAGUGUUGAAAACGUAGAUACGACCACUGAUUCAUUAAUAAUUAAACUUGAUAACGAUACUGCAAGCACAGCGGAACGUGACCAUAGUACCACUCCAGCAGGAGAAAAUACUGAAGAAUCGAUUAACGAAUUUGAAGUCACGACCUCGGAAGAUUCAUUUACAGACGCAAUUGUACCGUUCGAAGUUACAACGAAUCCUUCAUUAAUUUUAACAAGCUUAAAAGCUGCAAGUACAGAGGAGUACUAUGAAAAUACUCCUGCAUUUACAAGCACUAAUAGCGUAACGAACGUCCCUACAAAUUUCGAUUCAAUUUUAAGUGAAUCAGAAGUUCUUGUGGAACGAAAUAUUUUCAGGGAAGAGUAUAUCACAAC